CCACUACCCUCCCCAUAUUUAGCAGCAAAAAAUCCUAGCUAGCCCUCUCACUUCUCUUCAAGCAUGGGGAAGUAUCUUGUGGCCAGCGUCAUACUCCUCCUAAUCAACCUCACAUCACUCCUCCCUUCUCUUGCUUGUCCCUACUGCCCUACCCUAACCCCUCCUCCCCCUAAGAAGAAACCACCAUCACCACCAAAGGUCCGUCCUUCUCCUCCUCCACCAUCUCCACCCCCACCAUCCCCACCACCACCAACGCAAACGCCAUGCCCUCCACCACCAUCCCCACCAAAGCCAAAGCCAAAGCCGCCGCCGCCGCCACCAUCCACACCGGUGCCAUGCCCCCCUCCACCAUCAUCCAAGUGCCCCAUCGACACGCUAAAGCUCGACGCCUGCGUCGACCUACUCGGAGGGCUUGUGCACGUCGGAAUCGGUGAGGAUGAGAAGGAGAAGUGCUGCCCGGUCCUCGAAGGGCUUGCCGACUUGGAUGCAGCUCUUUGCUUGUGCACCACCAUAAAGGCCAAGGUCUUGAAUAUAAACAUCAUUCUGCCCGUUGCUCUUGAGCUGCUGGUGGACUGUGGCAAGCAUCUACCAUCCGACUACCAGUGUCCCUCUUAGCUAGCUAGCUAGGUUGUAGCUUAAUUAUAUGAUCAUGUCUUGUGAUAUGUUUUGCAGGCUGGUAUGUCCUUCCCAAUCAUCAAAAAAGUGUGUGGUGAUAUGCUUAAUUUAGUUUGUGUUUGCUUGCAUCCUUACCAUCUAAAGCUUGUUACUAUGAGAAGUGUAGACACCUGGUACAUUUGAAUUUAAAGUGUUGAAUAAAAGUCCUCCAAGUCUGCUUGCGUUUA